GAUUUAUCACCAAAGCAAUUUAUUUUUCAGACUGCCUGAUUUAUUUUUCCUACUUUGCUUAAUUUUUAUCCGCAACAUGGCGAGCAAGCUGGAAAUGAAGAAAAGUCGCAUAUCACUGGCUGACACUUACAGAAGUCUGCUGGCUAGAAUAUCAUCAGACCAAAUUUUCUAUGCUCAAAUUGCUAUCACUGUCAUCUUUGGGCUACUCAUUUUAUAUUUGCUGACGCGUCGUGUGGUUCGGUCCGUGGGUGGUCGAGGCCGCAGCAUUGUGCUUGUUGGGAACUGUGAGGCUGGCAAGACAGCUUUGCUCUACACUCUUACAAGAGGCCAAACUCCCAUCACCGUUACCUCUUUCAAGGACAAUGAAGAUCUUUAUAAUACCGGCAAUAAAAGUGUCCGUGUUGUUGAUGUACCUGGUCAUGAGCGGGUCCGGUCCAACGCAUUUGACAAGCACAAGUCUGAUGCUCGUGCCAUCGUCUUUUUGCUAGACUCCACAUCAUUGGGCUCUCAAAUCAAGGACGUUGCUGAGCAACUCUUCACUGUCUUGAGCGACUCCGUGGUGCAAGGCAACCGCUGCCCUGUGGCUGUUCUCUGCAACAAACAAGACCAAGACUUGGCAAAGUCUGCCACUAUCAUCGAGCGCGCUCUUCAAAAGGAGUUUGAUGUUCUCCGUGAAACUUCAAGCAGUCGUCUUGCUUCGAUCAGCAACGACGGCAACCAGCGCCCCAGCAAGCCUCUCGGCGUCACAGGAAAGCCUUUUGCGUUCUCACAAGUUACCUACAAUCCAGUGACGUUCAUGGAGACAUCCGUUGUGGAGGAUAAGAGCCUUGCUAACCUCAAGCGCUGGAUCGAAGCUGUAGCUUGAAAUAUUUCGGAAAUAGGACCUGCAUGUUUGAAAAGGAGUUGACAGUGGGAAAUGGUGUUAAGCAAUUAGAAAGUGUUGAGCCAAUGGAAAAAGUGUUGAACAAUUUGAAAUAAUGCUAACAUGUUAAGCAAAUGGAAAUUUUGUUGAACAAUUCUUUUGCAUUCUAAGUUUUUUUUUUUUUUUUCUUGCUUACCUUGAAUAGGGAACCUGAAAUAUUGCAUUAUUCCCUGAUUAAUUUGGCAUUGAUUCUAAUUAAAUUCAUCCAGUUGAAGAGUCUGAGUAAUGAAACAAUUAAGAAAUUAAUUACACGAAGACUCUUGCUCUUGUUAGUUUCAAUUCAAUUUGUUUGAACAUUCGUGAAAAAUCCAGAUUUAUCAUUGUGCUGAGGGAGCAUUUGUGGUUAAAUUUGCACUUGGCUGUACAUGAAACCCCAACAAAGUCAUCAAAUAUAAAAUUAUUGCUUCGUAGUCAAUGGGAAUACGGAUGCACCAGAUGCUCAAAACCACAGAUUUACAAGCUCCUCGAUCGAUACGAGUAGUUGUACGGUAGAUGACGUCUUAUCAAGCUUUGUAUAACCAAUUCCAAAGCUAAAAAAACUGAUGUCCACUGCAUUUUAUACGGAUAUUUAAAACAACCGAUACUCCCGGAAUCCUGUAGAAACGAGUGCAAUUAUGGUAUUAAUUGAUUUACACCAACUAGGGAUCUGGCCUCUGAUUCUACAAUUUCUUAUUGAUUCUGGCCUCAAUUUUCAAGUGGUCAGGGGGCUUCCGGUGUCUAACAAAAGUGUGAUUUUCACGUUUUUGUAUAAUUUUUUUUCACCUUGGCUACUCAAUGAAUUAAUUUUUCACUAAAAUAUUUCAAACUUGAAUUUCCGGCUGCUUCUGGCGUUUGUGUAUAAAUUUACUAAGUUCUGUUUGUUUAAAAACGAGAUACUCGUC